CGUGACCGCGCCCCCGAGGCUCAGCGGCUCGCGGUGGAGAAGAAGAGUGCGCGCCUCGUUAAGAGGCACCAACUGUCCUUUCCUAUAGAAAAAACAAAAACAAAAAAAACAAAAUAUCUCCGCUAUUACAUGGCGAAAUUGGUUGUAUUCGACGUCCAGACUCGUAUCAAUUCGGGACCGUGGCUCUGACAACGACAGGCGAAGUGAAUAUCCGCAGCUCUCAGUGGUUGGUGUUUGCCGGGUUUUUUUAUAGCAGUAUCGUGCUUGGAGGCGCUUGAGUGCCGAUAUCGUCGUUCCCUUGGGUGCCGUUUCUUGCUUUCUUUUGACAGGUGACACCCGUACGUCCUGUUCCCGAAGACCAGAAGUCCUUUGAAGGUUCUGUCUUCUGUGCUGUUCACCCGGUGUCCCUCUCAGCUCCGGGCUGCCUGCACACUCACCCCGGCGCGGCCUCGCUCCUUGUCGAGCCCCUGACGACACAGCUACCUCCUCUGUAGAGCCCGGAACAAGCACUCGGCCGUGUUUACAGCGAUCAUCGAAUCGGGGGUUUCAAAUUGGGAAAACGGUAGAAAACUGGAGAUAUAGAUACGCGGAGCUGUCAUUUAGCAUAUAUACGAGGCAGAGCAACAACACAAAAAUUCCCAUUCCACUGCUCUCUGAAUUGAAAGAAUUUCUGUUUAUUCUCUCACGCAAAUAUCUUAUUCUCUUGUGCAUAACAGCUAUUAAGCUAUUUGACACCGAAACGUCAAAACACAGAAACUAAACACGCUUUGAGCUAAGGCAAGGCCUUGUCUGCUAACUCCGAUAGCUCUAUCGCUAACUCAGUCUGGGUUUAUUCAGCGCCUCUUAAUCUUAUUAACAGUGCACUUUUUGUCUCUCAUUCAACGUUUGUUUUGUACCAUACUGCACAAAAGAGGGGCGAUUUUAAUUAAAAGUUAUUCGUUCAACGCACAGUAUAGUUACAUCAUUGCCAAGCUUGCUGAGAUAUCUAUUGAGCCGAAGAAGAAAACAGAGCUGUCGGAUAAUUCCCACCUUGGGGGGAAAAAGAAAAAUCUUAUGUGUUGGGCUGGUUUCAGCUGACCUUUGCUCGGUACCAAAUUAACAAAGCCCCUGGUGAGCUUCUUUGCGCUUCAGAACUGAUACGGAAAAGACUUGUUUUAUAUUUUUGUACCAUAGAUCAGGAGCAAUUUAGAACAGGGUCACUUAUUUGCAUAAAGCCCUCUACUACUGUUCAGACAUGAGUAUUGAGAUUCCAGUCGGUCUGACGGAGCUGCUUCAAGGCUACACCGUGGAGGUGCUGCGCCAGAGGCCGCCGGAUCUGGUGGAGUUUGCCGUGCAGUAUUUCACCCGCCUGCGGGACACCAGGAGCCAGGACGGGUCUGGGACCGCCGCCAAACCCGGGGGGAAGGGGGUGAUGUUUGAUGGCGAGCCGAUGCAGACAGAGUCGAACGGCGACGAAGAUGACGAGGAUGAUGACUCAGAUUUUGAACCUCCUCCCCCCAGCAGAUUUAACCGGAGAGUGUCGGUGUGUGCGGAGGCCUUUAACCCUGAUGAUGAUGAGGAAGACUCUGAACCGAGAGUUGUCCAUCCAAAAACAGACGAGCAGCGUUGUAGAUUACAGGAGGCCUGCAAGGACAUACUGCUGUUCAAGGCUCUCGAUCAGGAGCAGUUUUCACAGGUGCUGGACGCCAUGUUUGAGGUUCUCGUGCAGCCACAAGAACACGUAAUUGAUCAGGGAGAUGAUGGGGACAACUUUUAUGUAAUCGAGAGGGGAGUGUUUGAUAUUGUGGUACAGAAGGGUGGUGAGGGCUGCUGUGUGGGUCAGUACAAUAAUAAAGGCAGUUUCGGAGAAUUGGCCCUCAUGUACAACACUCCACGUGCUGCAACUAUAAUUGCUAAAGAGGAGGGAGCCCUUUGGGCACUGGACCGAGCAACGUUCCGUAGACUCAUAGUGAAGAACAAUGCGAAAAAGAGGAGGAUGUAUGAAUGCUUUAUAGAGUCUAUCCCACUGCUCAAAUCACUAGAGCUGUCUGAGAGAAUGAAGAUUGUUGACGUCUUGGGCGUAAAAUCAUUUCAGGAUGGAGAGAGAAUCAUUAUGCAGGGUGAUAAGGCUGAUUGCUUCUACAUUGUGGAGUCUGGAGAGGUAAAGAUUAUGAUGAAGAGUAAAACGAAAGCAGACAGACAUGAUAACGCUGAGGUUGAGAUUGCUCGCUGCAGCAGAGGGCAGUAUUUUGGAGAACUUGCUCUUGUCACCAAUAAACCACGAGCUGCCUCAGCCUAUGCUAUUGGGGACAUCAAAUGCUUGGUGAUUGAUAUACAAGCCUUUGAGCGUUUGCUGGGACCCUGUAAAGAGAUCAUGAAGAGGAACAUCACCCACUAUGAAGAGCAACUGGUGGCUCUGUUUGGAUCCAGCAUGGACCUUAGGGACUGAGACAGACUGGCUGUGCCUUACACACACACACACACACACACACACACACACACACACACACAUACACAAACACCCUAUACACAACACAGACCGAAAUCAUUUUGUAUGCACACAUUCCUUUUUAUGUGCACUCAUACUCCAACCAACAUGCUCGCACAUAAAAAUCAUAUCUCACACAAACACACCUACUGUCAUUGCGUCAGCUGCUCAGUAUGAAAUACAAGCAUUACCAGCCCAAAUGCUGUGACCCUGAACCAACCACAGCCUGGAGAGGAUGUGCGCACAUAUACACGCAAACACACGUUCACUUACACCAAAAAUCCCCAGCCAAGGACCCAUUCUUUCUCAUGGUCAUUUGCAGUCGCAACAAAGAAAAGAAUAAAGAGAUAAGAUAAAAAAAAUAAUAAUAAUCUAUGUUUAAACAAGUUAUCUUUCAAUAAAAAAAAAAUGCAAAAAAAAAAAAGUGCAAAAAUGUAACAAAGUUUUAGAGCAUUUUAUGAUGAUGCAAAGCUUUGAUAAACACUUGUUUAAAUAUGACCUGUUUCCUUCCCUGAUGUUGGUGCAUAAAAGUUUUUGCUGGUGGUAUCCACAGUGACCGAUUUUCUCACUUAAACUCCACGUUGUAUUGAAUAAUGUAUUACUAAUAUCAUUAUUAUUAUUGUAUAUUAUUUUUGUUAAAGAUUGACUCGCUGACCCACCCCCCCAAAUUUGAGGAUGCGAGGUAAAAUCUAGUGCAGAUUUUCCCUUUAGUCUUUCUGAACAAGUCAACCUGAAAAAUAAAUAAAGCAGACAUUUUGAUAA